UAUUGCUCCACUUUCACGCACACAGCAGCAGCAGCAGUAGCAAUGGCAGCAGGGCAGAGAGACACAUGUCAACACAGUCUGUGAGCCGAUAAAUACUGACGCUGGGGCCGGGAGAACAUCAAUAAACAAACAUGUCUCGGCACAGAAAUGUUCGAGGGUACAACUACGAUGAAGACUUUGACGAUGAUGACAUGUAUGGCCAGUCUGUGGAGGAGGACUACUGCUGUAUAUCACCAGCAACAGCAAAUCAGUUCAUCUACUCACGUCAAGAGAGGCAAGCACCAAAAGAAGAGACCUUAGAGGAGGAAGAAUAUGAAGAAGAGGAUGUACCGAUGUCCCCCACUGUCAGCCACAACCUUGACCCUCUUGAUCAAGCCAAGCUGUACUCAUGUCUGGACCAUAUGCGGACUGUGCUGGGGGAUGCUAUGCCAGACUCAGUCCUGACCCAGGCAGCCGUAAGAUGUGGAUUUGACCCACAGAAGGCAUUGGAUGCAGUCCUGUCUGAAGACACGAAGACGGCCCCGGUCAACAAAAGUGGCAGUGAAGACGUCGCUGUGGUUGGAAGAGUGAGCCAGGAGAAAUCACCGCUUCCUCAGAGGGUCAAACAAGAGGCUGUCGCUGAGAAAGCUAAAAGCAGAGAUUCACCUCACAGUAAACUGGACUCUGAAGUUGUGCCUAAAGUGGCUCGCAUGACUGUCUCUGGCAAGAAGCAGACCAUGGGCUUCGACGUCCCCAGUACGGGCGAGAAUGGCGCCGUCACCCCUUCUGCACGCCGUGGUGGCAGCCCAGAGGACGCAGCAGCAACCUCAGAGGCCUCCACGAAACGUCCCGAGACUCCAUACAAAGGCUCCAACGGAGACGAGCCAUCCACGGUCCCCACCCCGGGACGCUCCGCUGGAAAGGCCCGGCAGUCGAUCAACAUCAAGGCCGAACUGGAGAAAAGGCAGGGGGGCAAACCUCUGCUAAAUCUGGUGGUGAUAGGUCACGUGGACGCUGGCAAAAGCACGCUGAUGGGCCACCUGCUUUAUCGGCUGGGCAACGUCAACAAGCGCACCAUGCACAAGUAUGAGCAGGAGUCCAAGAAGGCGGGAAAGGCUUCCUUCGCGUAUGCUUGGGUCUUGGAUGAAACUGGCGAGGAGAGGGACAGAGGUGUGACGAUGGAUGUGGGCAUGACCAAGUUUGAGACAAACUCUAAGGUGGUAACCUUAAUGGACGCACCGGGACAUAAGGACUUCAUCCCCAACAUGAUCACAGGAGCAGCACAGGCAGACGUGGCAGUGCUCGUGGUGGACGCCAGCCGAGGAGAGUUUGAGGCGGGCUUUGAGGCCGGCGGUCAAACCAGAGAGCAUGCCCUGCUGGUGCGAUCGCUCGGCGUCACCCAGCUGGCUGUAGCUGUCAACAAGAUGGACCAGGUCAACUGGCAACAAGAGCGUUUCCAAGAAAUUAUCACCAAACUUGGCCAUUUUCUCAAGCAGGCAGGAUUCAAGGACUCAGAUGUUUUCUACGUCCCCACCAGCGGCCUGUCAGGAGAGAAUCUCACCACCAGGAGUUCAGUGUCUGAACUCACCUCGUGGUUCUCAGGUCCAAGCCUGCUGGAACAGAUCGAUGCCUUCAAAGCCCCUCAGAGGUCUGUGGACAAACCCUUCAGGCUGUGCGUGUCAGAUGUGUUCAAAGACCAGGGUUCAGGUUUCUGUGUAACAGGAAAGAUUGAGGCGGGUUACAUUCAGACCGGAGACAGGAUACUGGCCAUGCCUCCCAACGAAACUUGCACGGUCAAAGUUAUCACUCUACACGAUGAGCCUCUGGACUGGGCUGCAGCAGGAGACCAUGUGAGCCUCACAGUUACAGGCAUGGACAUCAUCAAGAUCAAUGUGGGCUGUGUGUUCUGUAAUCCCAAGGAGCCCAUUCGAGCCUGUACCCGGUUCAAAGCUCGAGUCCUUCUCUUCAAUAUCGAGGUCCCCAUCACAAAAGGCUUCCCAGUACUGCUGCAUUACCAAACAGUCAGUGAGCCAGCCACCAUUAGGAAACUUGUAAGUGUUCUUCAUAAGAGCAGCGGUGAGGUCCUAAAGAAGAAACCAAAGUGUUUGAGUAAGGGUAUGAACGCCAUCGUGGAGAUUCAGACUCAGAGGCCCGUGUCAUUAGAACUGUACAAGGACUACAAGGAGUUAGGACGCUUUAUGCUGCGAUAUGUUGGUUCAACCAUUGCUGCAGGAGUUGUCACAGAGAUCAAAGAAUGACGAGCCUUCCCGUGGACACAGAACAAGUCAGGAGCUGUUCUGCAGACUGCAUGCAGCAAGAGACAAAGUGCAAUUCUUCCAGAGACCCAGAGCGUCACACUCAUCCAUCCAUCCAUCCAUCUCUGCCUGGCUUUAGUAGCUGUUCAACCUGCCAGCUCUGAUCAACACUAACUUCUCAGAUACUGACCACAUGGCAAGAUUCUGAGCAGCCCGAAAAACCCUGCUCCACAUUUCCUGCAAUCACACCGGUUUAGCAAAAGCCUGUAAAUCUGAUUUACCAGAAUCAAUAAGUGAUUCUGUGAGAUGGUCCCGCAGUGACCCAUGUCGCUGUCCUCUCAUGAAGGAGAAUCUGGAAGGCUGAGUAUAGAUAAAAGCUGAACAAGUCAGAAUCUGAGUAGAGGAACCAGCACAGAUAGUCCAAUCUGAGCUGAGGUGUGAGGAUGAUAUUUACUCUGCUGCAAUGUAAGGAUUAAAUUUACAGUUUACAUCACUAAUUUAGCUCAACGAGGAUCUCCUUAGAGGAGCUGCUCACAUGAAAUGACUCAUUUUACAAUUAAGGAAUGAAAGAAUGUGACGUCACGCCAUGCAGGAGUGUGUGUGACUUUUACUUUGAGUAUGUUUACAUCUCAAAUUACACAGCCAAGGAUAAGAGGUCCAAUCUAUUUGAGGUUUUGAACUUAAUAAAAGGGAAACUUGAGUUUUCAGCUCUGUCAGGAUUAAAAGACAGAAUUCUAAUUUAUGUUAACAAAAGACAGAAAAGUGAAAGUGUGUGGUAAAACUGCACGACGCUUUUCAAAGUGCUUCUGGGUGUUUUUGCUUUUAUCAGAGACUUAAACGGAGGGGUGUAUACGGACGGGGAUGUAUCUUUUUCUCCAUGUGUUGAAUCAGACGUGUUGGUGGGAGGGGAGAUGAUGCAAAAUGAACAAGUUAAAAAACGA